AUGCUUGCGCCGGCGGUUCCUGAAAUCAUCGAAGACGACGAUAUCGGCCUUGCUAUCGAUGCCCGUACUGAGAGCCUCGCCGGACUUCGCGAACUCGGACCUCCUGACCUGGUGCACCUUGUCAAGCAGAGCACCAAAGCCGCCAACAAGCAGACCGGAGUAUACCAUCAUGUCACCGGGAUAGAUGCGUCUUCUUCGGCAAGCCUAGCCGCUUACGUCAAUACACUAACUUACAACAACGCCGACAAAACUCACAAAGUCGUGUCUGGUCUCUACUCUUGCUACAAUGCCUUCUCGCACCUCGACAUGCGUGUCGAAGUCAAGAUUCCUGGAGGAGUAGAGAGUUAUUGUGUGGACGAGCGGGGUGACAGACGAGUUGCGACAGAGAGCUUAUGGCUCGAGACCUUUCUGUGCGGAGUGCUACGAGCCUACUUCUAUGCCGAUGAUGGAAGUGGGGAUACAAUCAAGAAGAUCAUUGGCGUCCGCAGAUUCAACCCCAUAACUUCGACCGAAUUAGAGCAUAGAUUCCUCGAUGCGGCCGAACGGCUCUUCUUCAACGGCAGACAGUUGGGCUCCGAUCCAGAAAUCCAGAUACCAAACAUUACCUCAAACCACCUAACCACUGGUCUGCUCAAAUACCUCAAAACUACCGGCCGAUACACUUCAGGCAUCAAUCUAUUCGAAAAGCUACGCACCAAAGAUGUCGAGGUGUCAUCGCUAUUGGCAAGGAUACUGGUAGAAGGGGACGAGGAAGUGCAGGCGGUCCGGCUACUACAUGACUCUCUCCAGGAUGUGCCCAUGGAUUAUGCGUUACUCGACGCGCAAGCAGCGCUUUGCCUCAGCAAGGGCGAGAACGAGUUGGCUCUAGAAUGUGCCAAAAGGGCUGUGACGGCAGCACCGUCCGAGUUCAGCACGUGGGCGCGACUAUGCGAGGUUUACGUCUCCCUCGAGCAGUUUGACUUAGCGCUGCUGACACUGAACUCUUGUCCCAUGUUCUCAUACCAGGACAAGGACUCUCCCCGGAUGCCUGAGCCGUCUAGAGUACUGCUACCGAUUAUGUCAGAAAGCGCCCUAGAUGAGAUUGAUGAAGGUCAGCCGAAGCAGGGCGAACCCUUUGAUCAGGUUCAUGUCUCGCUGCGCAAGCUUCAAGCCGCGACAUAUCAGGGCACUUUUCUCAAAGCAUACAGCCUUCUCACCGAGAUUGCUGCUCGAAUUGGCUGGGAUGCUUUACUCAAGACACGGAGUGUAGUGUUUGUCAUGGAGGAGGAAUAUCGAAUAGAGCGACAGCACUCGGUAACACCCAAGGUGCCUUCCAGCAAAAAUGCAAGCACUACUGCAUUGACCGGCACACCAAAUGGCAACAAUGAUUACAAUGGUGCUGACGAUUCAGGGUCCGAAGAUGAUGAAGAGACACUAGCCGAAUCCUCGAAAGACUCGGCAUUGAACGGCACGGUAGGAGAUUCUGGACUCGACGCUACUCAGUCGAUGGAGAAGCCUCUGCCCACGAUCAAGGCCGAAGAAGUCAAGGCUGGCGGCGACGACCCAGACACGUCGAACGAAGACUAUACACAGUUCCAAAACAAGAGGCUUUGCGAAAGGUGGCUAGACAAUCUGUUCAUGGUGCUUUAUGAAGACUUGCGCAUUUACACCAUCUGGAGAACGGAGAUGAGCCAGUACCGGCAACAGCAGAUGCAGUACAAGAAGUCGGCCGCCGAAUGGGAGAUCCUGGGUGACCUGGCUGAACGUCUGCAUCAUAACAACGAAGCCCUAGAAGCGUACCAGCAAUGUCUCAACAUUCGGUUCUCCCCCAAAGCCAUGAAAGGCCUAAUGAAGAUGUACGAGAGCAAGGGAGACACGAGGAGCACCCUGGCGUGCUUGAUCCGUCUGAUUACCUGGCAGUACAGAUGGUAUUCGGAGUUCUCACCAGAGUUGCUGUUCUCAAUUCGAAAGUUGAUCGAGGAAGAGGGCGCAUUGAAGAUCAGAAGCAUCAUUCAGUCGACCAGCUUGCCACAGCAUGUCAUGGACUUGACGCAUGAAUACGCGCAGGUCUGCCUAGCGUUCAAGACGACGGGAACAGACGGAUAG